GCUCCACCAAUGGGAAACAAGCAAAGUGGCUUGCUUUCUGUAGCUCUGAGCCAAUACUAACAAAGCAAAAGGGGGUUGUCGGUAUAGAACCAAUGGAAAACAGGGAAGGAGCACGAGGCGGAGUUGCGAAUCCUGUCACCAAUUGGAAAGAGGGGGUGGAGCCCGGGCCUUGUCAAGCGCAGCCAACCAGAGAGAGGAGCGGACUCUAGGGGGCGGGGCCGUAAUGUUUUUCCCCAAUCGGACAAGGCCAGGGGCGGGGCAUUCUCUAGGGUGCCCAAUGAGGAACGCAGCCGAAGCGGGCCUGUCAAGAGAAGGGGCUGGGGGCGGGGGGAUGGUGAGUCGGAGAUAAACACUCCGCGGCGGUGGCGGCUGCUGCUCUUCUUCGGGUUCUGUCACGGUGUUGGCGGUGCCCAGCUCACCGGCCCCCCUCCCCCUUCCGGCGAGCGCGGUCGCCAAAGAGGCUUUCUCAACCCUGCUCUGCGGGGUCCACAGCAGGGUGCGGGUGUCCGGCGGCGGCGGCGAGCCCGUGGGCAGUGGGGGUUGGUCCCGCGGCUCCGGCCCCCGGUGCAGCAUGGCGGCGGCGGUUCGGAUGAACAUCCAGAUGCUGCUAGAGGCGGCCGACUACCUGGAGCGGCGGGAGAGAGAAGCUGAACAUGGUUAUGCCUCCAUGUUACCAUACAAUAACAAGGACAGAGAUGCCUUAAAACGGAGGAACAAAUCCAAGAAGAAUAACAGCAGUAGCAGAUCAACUCACAAUGAAAUGGAGAAGAAUAGGCGGGCCCAUCUUCGCUUGUGCCUGGAGAAGUUGAAGGGGCUAGUGCCACUUGGACCUGAAUCGAACCGACACACUACGUUGAGUUUAUUGACAAAAGCCAAAUUGCACAUAAAGAAACUUGAAGAUUGUGACAGAAAAGCCAUUCACCAAAUAGACCAGCUUCAGCGAGAACAGCGACACCUGAAGCGGCAGCUGGAGAAGCUGGGCAUCGAGAGGAUACGGAUGGACAGCAUCGGCUCCACUGUCUCCUCUGAGCGCUCAGACUCCGACAGGGGCACCAGGUCCAGAGAAGGGCCUGGCGGGGCUGGCUCGGAUUUCCGGCCUGAGCUUUCAGAAGCAUGGCUUCACCAGUGUCUCUUGUCCUCCCCACAGAAGAAAUCGACGUGGACGUUGAAAGCACAGACUAUCUCACGGGGGACCUGGACUGGAGCAGCAGCAGCGUGAGCGAUUCCGACGAGCGGGGAAGCAUGCAGAGCCUCGGCAGUGACGAGGGCUACUCCAGCUCCAGCAUGAAGAGGAUAAAGCUCCAGGACAAUCACAAGACGUGUCUGAGCCUCUAAGAGAGCGUGGUCUCCUCGGCUGCCUCCCGAUGGUUCUCUCAGCGGACGGGCUUAGGUAGUGUAUUGGACCCGCCCACAGCCCCCCUGCACGUAAGCUUCCGUGUACCACCUCUACCAAACUCAGCUUUGUAAACAUUCUCGCGGAAGUGCUUAGGAUUGUGGGUUUCUGAUUGCAUCCACUAGCUUCUCUCUCCCUAAAAAUUCAUCCGAGAGACUGUACAUUCCAAUCAAUUUGAAGCACCCAAGAAUUCUUAGACCGAAUAAGCAACUUUCACAUCUCAGCAGUUUCCCCCUCUUCCUUACCAUCCCCGUGUAGUCUAGCAAACCUUUCUUAGAGUUUUCUGGCUAUGUUACUCACCUAGCAGAAAUGUCCGAAUGUGUCUUGUGCUUAGGAACCUGAAGGAAGCAAACUUUUAAAGUCGAGAUCCUGAUCUCAGAACUCCAAAGCAAGCUUUGAAAGCGGCGUUUAAGAGCACUUAACUGUGGACCUCACCCCCCGUGAGGAGUCAGGAAUACCUCCAGAAAACACCCCCUCACACACACCCUGCGCUGCUUCCCCGACCCGCGACCCGUGACCCGCGUGUGGAUGGGAGCAGUACUUCUCACUUUAGAAUGGACAUCUUGAUGGCAGGUCUCUGGGGCGGCACAGCUUUAUCAGAGCUCCAGCGGCGCUCGUUCCCACCCACCAGACGGUACAAUCUCUGCGAUGUGCUCUGGGCCGCGCCGUCCCCUGCUGUCCCAAGACCCGUUUUCCCCUCCAAGUUUGUUAUGCUACUUGUCUCUGGAACAUUUUUUUUUCCUACCUCAGAGAUAAAUGAGAUCUCCAUUUCCCACUUAACACAAAGCGAUUAUGCCUUUUUUUCACCCCCAAAUAAGUGACACUUGGUCCAAUUCUAAUCUAUUUUCCUAUCUAACUUUCAGCAAUAACUGAGCUUUGGCACUAGCUGAGCUAGUGUCCAUCAUCAGUGAAAGGAAAAGUCCACAUUUCUACUCUGUUGCAGGUGAACAGGAGGGGAGGGUACAGUGUUAUUAGAAUUCCUCUCCUUAUUUUUGGAUAUGCCCAGAAUCUUCUUAAUGGAGGCUUUUGGGUUGCUAGUUUAAAAGGCUGAUCUUUCUUUUUGGUUAUGAUUUCCCCCUUAAGUGGUCUCCCACUUUGUAGCAUUUUUAUUUAAGCUAAAACAGAGCACAUGUAUAUGUACAUAAGACACAUUAAAUCUAUAAAUACUAUUUAUUCAUUUUAUAUAAACUAAUGUAAUGGAAAACAAAUUCUUAUGACUUUGUGCUUUUAUAGAUGUUCUAGAAACUUUGUAUGUAGGUAUCUACAAAAUUGGUUCGUUCCCCUUAAUAUUUUUGCAUUCAUAUUUUUGACGUCGAGGUUUUCCACCUCUGACGAGUCUUUUUCAUUGAAUUUGAACCAUUUGUAAACCCUGUGACGCUGAAACAGAGUGUGUGUCACAAAGUGACGAGAACAUUCCUAAAGUCCACAGACGCACUGCAACCUAAGGGCUCCAAGGCUGCACCAGCCGGCGGAGGGGUGGGGGGGCGGGCAGCCGCCCAGCGCUCCCCGCCGCCUGCGGUCUCUGGCCCCCUCCCAGCCUCACCAUGCCUCCAGCGCCUCCGCCUUCCACACAACUCAGAGUUCAAACGUGCUCCACAAGGAAGCUCAUUCUGCACGUGAAGAGCGGGCCAAACAAAGAUUACUUUUGUUUUUUCAUUUUAAUGAUUCUCUAUUAAAAAAAUUUUAAGCGGAAGUAGUCGAUUCCUAAAUGCUUCCAAACUCAUCUGUCAUUCUUCUCAUAUACACAU